AUGAGCACUUUUGGAGCACAUUUUACAUCGGACGCUAGAACAUCAUUGGCAUAUUUGACACCAAAACCAAAAGCAUUGGUCUACUCUGCUGUUAAAAUUGGUGGUCAUCCAUUGGACCACGUCCCGUUUCGAUGUCGUGGUCUACCUUCUAGACCAUUGCUAGGCUAUAUGCGAGAACAAUCUGCUCGACAAGAUAUGUCGCUGCGGUUCCAGACGUCAGAUGUUUUAUCUAAAGCGGCAAUGCAUGAGAUUGUACCAACUGUACCGAAUUUAUAUGACUGUAGUCGUUGUUUGAAGCUACGACAACCCUCGCCUCGAAUACAGCUUUGUUGUGGCCAUCCUGUGUGUGCCACGUGUGUAGCUUCACGCACGAUGAAACAUGUAGAGUACAACCGGACGUGUUUUUUGGAAUGUACACGCUGCAAUGACAUGGUGGCCAUUGAAGCUGUUGUAUUUACGAACUAUAUCUUACGUAUGGAACCGUCUUCAGCUCGUACGGUACCAUCAGUUGUGGUGCAAAAGGACGAGGCGCGUGAGACGUCAUUGACAGGUGCUUGGAAACAAGGAGGUGUUCUUGCGGCACUAUCGUUCAUAGCCGGGAGAUAUAUUCCUACGGGUAAAAGUGUAAGUAAAGCUCGACAAAAGAAGCAGAAUGCUGUAAAGGAUGCCAAAAGCAUAGUGGCAGAGGUGCUGCCAGAUAAAGCAGAUGAGCUGCUAGUGCAUGGAGCUGCAGCUUUGUCGAAGGAAACGUCUAAAGCCGAUGUCAUCGUUGCAAAGGGCCGUGAGAGAUGGGCGAAGCGCGUUCAAGGUCUUCAACCGCCGUCUAAGCUGCUGAAGUUUUCAUUUUUGCGGACGUUGGGUAUUGGAAACUUUGCUGAGGUGAUGCUUGUGGAGACCCGUAGCGGGAAGCUUACUGUACUCAAAGAAAGUGACAAGCUACCUGAAGCUGCGAACGAAAUCAGCAUGUUAUCCCGUGUGCAAAAUCCCCACGUGGUGCAGAUUCAGCAGUAUUUUAUCGAGGAAAUUGGUCAUCGCCACUUUAUGUACAUUGAAAUGGAGUACUGCGACGGUGGUGAUCUACGGCAAAUGCUUGAAACAAAGGGACGACUGGAGACAGAUAAGUUUGAUUUGAUGUUCCGCCAAUUGUGUCUUGGCUUGAAAGAAAUUCACCGCCAUGGAAUUGUUCAUCGAGACUUGAAACCAGACAAUGUGCUGUUAACGAAAGAUGGCACAGCAAAGAUUGCGGACUUUGGUGUAUCGACAUAUUUGGAAAGUGAUCUACUAACGCAUCAUGCUGCCGGUACGCUAGCAUUCAUGGCGCCAGAGGUUCGACGGUAUUUCUUGGGAGAGGUUGUGAGUUACGACUACAAGGCAGAUAUAUGGUCGUUAGGCGCUUUGGCUGUAGCGAUGCUAACAGGUAACCCUGAGCCACGAGUGGCCACUCGUUCAGUGGAAAAGCUCGUAGACGAAUUCAAGGCAUACUCAUUGGAUGGCAAGUACCUUAUGUUGGUAGAAAGGAUGCUAACUACGCACCCCGCAGAUCGGAUAUCACUGGAAACUUUGCUCAAAGCAUUUCCGUUACUCAAUUCUCGGUUGUAA